CGUCUUUCGAGUUGACCAUCGUUCACAAACUUAUAAAGAUUUUGAUAUUGUUAUAUCUGCGCGAUCGAAAUGACCUCGAAGUUUACCCCUUCGCAAGCUGUUGAUAUGUCUAAAGAGAAAGACUGGUCGAUGAACCUCGGGAUGCUUGAUUGGGAUAACACGAGCAUCGUCUUCACCAAGCGCAGCCUGGUCGAGUUCCUCAAAUACACAGGGACUACUGUUGAUACUGGCUUUAGCAAUAUUCAGAAACUGCCUCGAUAUGCCAAAUUUGGCAAGCUAACGAGCACCGAAGAGGAGCUGCCUGAGACAGCCACGAGUCCCACAAUUUCUUCGUCAGAAAUCAACAGACUUCUUGCGGAAGAAUUCACAGAUGAUGCAUUGUCCACUGCCCCGCCGCCAACCGCGACACAGCCAGUUCAAACUAGUUCUCCGGGCAGCCCGGAUGACUUCAAGCCUACGAGACGCGUAAGAACGCAGCCGGGCGGUCAUGACUCUAUUGGCAAUUUGUUCGGAAGCGAACCACCCCAGGCUCAAUUUAUUCCCACUCGCAAGGUGCGACAGCGUCCAGGAGGAGAAGACAACAUCGAAGGGCUUUUCUAAGAGUGAUUUUUUUGCGUGGAUAUACCAAAACGAAAUCGAGAUGUACCAAAGCUGUUUUGUUGUCCAACAACCUGUAGCCAUCAUUAUCAUACUGUUGGUUUUUUAUCUUUAUUGUGAAGGCACGCGCACUAUCGCGUUAUUCUAUGGGCAAGGAUCAAAAAAUAUAAAAUUAUGGUAGCGGCGAGGUUCGAACUCGCGCGGACUUUCGCCCA